AUAUAUGUAACAAGUACAGGACUACAGGAAUUUUAAUUUAUAAUUUUAAUAAUUAAUUUUUAAUUAUAAAGCUAUAGAAAACAGGAAUGGCCUUUAGUGAAAUUUGUAGAAUUUGUUUAAGCGUUAAUCUACGCAUGCUUGUACUAAAGAAGACUGGCCUCCUAAAUUUAUAUAAGACAUUGAUUAACAGUAUUAUCAAUGAGAAUGAGGGGCCCAUAAUUGUCUGUUUCAUCUGUCAUGCAAGACUCAUUCGUUGCAGAAGAUUACAACAACAGGCUAUUGAGUCAAAUGCAGUUUUGGAGCAGUUGCUUGCAGGAGGGUCCAUGUCAAUAUCAAAACCACAUGAGGCAAGAGAUGAGAUUCAAUUCACACCAAUUUGUCAUAUAGAUAUCUGGCCAGUAGAGUGUGAUAUAGAAAGUGAUUGUAAAGACGAAACUUUUAGUCUUGAAUCUGUUAAAGUUGAGGAAGAGAAUUUCGAAAAUGACAAUUCCAACUUUGAAGAAAAUUGGAAUCAUGAAACAGAGACUGCUGAAAAACAAGAAGACUUGGAGAUUGAUGAUUUUGAAGGUAGACAUACGGAUUUGGAAGAAGACUUGUCACUAAUUGCAUUUGGUUCAAAGAGUGAAAAAGGUGAUGAUGACAUAGUACCGUCUGAGAAAAUGAUUAAAUCAAAUUCUACUGACAGCAACAUAUGCGAUGUACGUAAAGAAAACCUCUAUUUGAAAAGCCCUUCUAUUAAAUCAAACCCUAAAGUGAAAAAACAUUAUAAACCCAUUAAUAAAAAAGGAAAGCAUCCUGCAAAGAUUAUGAAAAAGAAGAGUGUAAAUAUACUUACGAAAAAAACAUCUGGGGCAUCAACAAAAUAUAUUUUUGAAUGUGAUCAUUGUAGCAAAAAAUUUUUAACAAAAGAAAUUCUCGCCAAACACAUUUCAUACAGUCAUGAGACCCAAAAGAACUCAGAUAGGACACAAGUUGAACAAACUCCAGUACCACAACUAACGGAAAUAUUUAAUUGUGAUAUUUGCGAAUUUAAAACAUCUCAAAAACAUUGCAUUUUGGCACAUCUUAAAGCGCACGUGGCUAAACGUGUAUACUGUUGUAAUAAUUGUGGAUAUAAAUGUAUUAUAAAAAGUAAUUUCCGGCAUCAUAUGAAAAUACAUACCGGAGAAAAACCUUUUUCGUGUAAUAUCUAUGAUUAUAAAUGUAUUGAUAAAAGUAAUUUGCGGUAUCAUAUGAAAAUACAUACUGGAGAAAAACGUUAUUCGUGUAAUAUCUGUGAAUAUAAAUGUAAUAGAAAAAAUAAUUUGCAAAGGCAUAUGAAAAUACAUACCGGUGAAAAACCUUAUUCGUGUAAUAUCUGUGAAUAUAAAUGUAUAGAAAAAUCUGAUUUGAGAAAACACAUUAAAACACACACUGGAGAAAAACCUUAUUCGUGUAAUAUCUGUGAAUAUAAAUGUAAUAGAAAAAGUCAUUUGCAAAUACAUAUGAAAAGACACACCGGAGAAACACCUUAUUCGUGUAAUAUCUGUGAAUAUAAAUGUAAUAGAAAAGAUAAUUUGCAAAGGCAUAUGAAAAUACAUACCGGUGAAAAACCUUAUUCGUGUAAUAUCUGUCAAUAUAAAUGUAUACACAAAUCUGAUUUGAGAAAACACAUUAAAACACACACUGGAGAAAAACCUUAUUCGUGUAAUAUCUGUGAAUAUAAAUGCAUUAGAAAAGAUAAAUUGCAACAACAUAUGAAAAUACAUACCGGAGAAAAACCUUUUUCGUGUGAUAUCUGUGACUAUAAAUGUAUUGAAAAAAGUAAUUUCCGGUAUCAUAUGAAAAUACAUACUGGAGAAAAACGUUAUUCGUGUAAUAUCUGUGAAUAUAAAUGUAAUAGAAAAAAUAAUUUGCAAAGGCAUAUGAAAAUACAUACCGGUGAAAAACCUUAUUCGUGUAAUAUCUGUGAAUAUAAAGGUAUAGACAAAUCUGAUUUGAGAAAACACAGUAAAACACACACUGGAGAAAAACCUUUUUCGUGUAAUAGCUGUGAAUAUAAAUGUAAUAGAAAAGAUAAUUUGCAAACACAUACAAAAAUACAUACUGGUGAAAAACCUUAUUCGUGUAAUAUCUGUGAAUAUAAAUGUAUACACGAAUCUGGCUUGAGAAGACAUAAAAAUACACACCGGAAGAAAACCGUAUUCGUGUAAUGUCUGUAAAUUGAAAUGUGUAAGAAAAACACGUAUGCAAAAGCAUAUGAAAAUACACACUGUAACAUAACCUUUUUCGUGAAAGAUCUGAUAAAAUAUGUACAUAUUAUGUAAACGUAUUUUAUGUAUAAAUAUAAAAGUGUUCCAGUAAAAACUCCAUUUCUUAUGAAUUAUUUAUGAAGUUAUAGAACGAGUAGAAAAACCUUUCCGUGCCAUAUGUGGUUAUUGAAACUGCAGCUUUUCUGAAGAAGCUAAUUCUUUUUUUUUUACUAUUCUAAGCCAGCGCUUAACUACAAUCCCACCUGAUGGUAAGUGGUGAUGGAGCCUAUGAUGGUGAAGCACACUAUCUUAACAAAAGUCUAUUAACUCUUGCCUUGAAGACACCCACAUUGUAAUCGGAUGGAAAGACGACAUGCUGGAAACUUAUUCCACUCCUUUGCUGCAUGCAUGACGAACGAUAUAGGAAACAGUUUGGUUCGAAUGCAUGAUAAGUCAACAAGGAAAGGUGGCGACUGGUCAAACAUCUGAUUAUCCGAUGGUGGAAGGGAGUGGUAGGAAUAAAGUCAUGCAACUCUUGCGCACACUCCGAAAUGCAUCCUGUAGAAAACUGAAAGGCUGGGUACUUUGCGCCAGUGUUCGAGGCCUAAUAGGAGUAAUAUUAGUUUUAAUCAGAUUCGGGUCACCAAAAAUCUUCGUAGCUUGCCUUUUCAUUGAGUCCUAAGCUGCUAGGUGGCAUUUUAUAGCACCAGCCCAUAUAUGGCAGCAAUACUCCAUGCACGACCGGACUUGCUCAUUAUAUAGAGUAAGCAGCUGUCCCGGCGUGAAGUACUGUCGUUAAGUACCUUCGCAAAUACUCUUAGCUUCCUUGCUGCUUUGGCCUUGGAAUCAAUGAACAGUGCGAAGUUCGGGUUUGAGAAUAUCUCAACCCCAAACAACUGAAAACGGUCGAUGUAUUCCAGUGAUACAUUUCGGAAAGAAGACCCCAAAGCGAACUGGUUCCUUUUUGCAGUGUGAAGAAACACGCUUGUGUUUUGGAAGCGUUCAAUUUCACUAUAUGUUUAAUUUGUAUUAUACUAACAUAAAUUAUACAUACAAAUAUGUUGCACUGUUUAAAAUAUAGAAUAUUUUACAUUAUUUCGUUAACUUUUAUAUUUUGAAAAAAAAAAUGUUGAUAAUUUGCAUGAUUUUGGUAAAUAUAUUUUUCAACAAAAUAUUUUAUUGAUUGACAAAAAAAAUAUUGGAUUGUCUCAACUAUAUGAAUAUCAAUGUCGAUAUUUAUCUUGAAUAUUUAAAAUUAAUUGAUAGACUUGCCCACACAACAAGAGGAAUGCAAAUAAAUGCUCGAUUUGCGCUGUAAAGAUGUAACUUUAUUUUGAUUUUUACUUUUUGUACUAAACUUAAUAACUUAGGCGAGGAAUUUCAUAGGAACCAGUAAACUGAGAUUAUCUCUUUAAAGGCCAAAAAGUAAUUGUAAUUAAUUUGUUUAAAAAUCAUUUUGAAAUGUUUGCUGGUGAAAUAAAAACGGAGACACUGAGUACAAAAUGAUUUUAUUUUUAAUAAUAAUAAUAAUAAUAAUUUCUUUAUUUGCUUAAAACAUGGUAUUUGUAGGUGGUACAGUAAAAUAAGUACACAUGUUUUGCUUAUAAUUAGCAUGCAAAUUUAAGUUUAUGUUAUAUACAUUUAAAGUUACAUUUAUUUAAAAAAAGGGUCAAAUACAUUCAUAAAAUUAAUAUUAACAAAUCAAUAAUUAUUAAAGCCUAAGGUCAAUAAAUUCUUUAAUGUCGUACUCUUUUAGUUCAAUAAGCCACCUAUAUAGUCUCAAUUUAAAUAAAUUCAUUUUAAGGUUUUUAAUGACAUUGGGGAUCUUAUUAUAUAUCUUAACACACAUUGCUACACAACUUUUUCUGAAUUUAGCAGAUCUCGGAAUGACGCUUAACACUAAUCUAUCCGGAUUUCUUUUCAAUCUAGAGUUUAUAUCUCUGGCUUUCUGGAAGAGCUCAGUAUGACUUUUGACAAAGCAACUCAUUUCAAAAAUGUACAGUGCUGGCAACGGAAGUAAGCCCAGGCUCCAAAAAGAUGCUCUACAGGACUCGCCCGGUGGAAUCCCACAUAUGGCUCUGAUGCAUUUUUUUGCGCUACAAAUGCCCUUUGUCUCUCAGUACUAUUACCCCAUAUCAUCACCCCAUAACGUAGAAUGGAGGCUACAUACGCGUGAUAAGUGGUAAUAGCUGUUUGCAAGUUAGUUACGCUCCUUGUUUUAUAAAGAGCAUAAAUAAAGCUGUUGAUACGCUUGCAUAAGGUCUCAAUAUGUAAUUUCCAGUUUAGAUCCUGGUCUAUCGUUACACCUAAAAAUUUGGUAUGUGUAAUUUCUUUAAUCUUUUCGAUAUUGAGGUUAAAAUUGUGUUUAUCAUGUUUGGGUUUAUUAAAAUGUAUGAUGUAUG